CACACACACACACACACACUUGUUGCGCUCGACACUGACUCAUAUGAAGCUCAGUGCGGAUAUGAUGUCGCCCUGCGGACCUUCAACAAGAUAAAACAAAAACUCGCAGUGAAGUGAACAUUAAUUAGGCCCACGCUCAUGGCUGAUAAAUGGGAAUCUCGUCGAAUGGAUUAAACGAAUCUGAGUGCUGAUUAAGUGUUGAUUACUUUCUAGCGUCGGGGAAGCAGACAGCAUGCUGGUGAUUCGCCUAACUUCCGAUUCAGAGGGGAAUGGGACUGUAAUAAGACUGGUUUGUUCAUCGUCCACGUCUGACUGCGUGAUGGACUCAGAAAAAGCCAGCAACUGGACUUUAAGCAGCGAAUUCAACUCCACUGCUACGUUGCCGCCUCUUUCUUCAGACAAAUGGAGAAAAUGCGAAUUUUGGAUUGGUCUGACUCUAGCUGUGCUCUCAGCUUUUCUCAUAGGAGGAAGCGUGAUCCUGAAAAAGAAGGCACUGCUACGUUUGGCUGCAAACGGGCAAACCAGGGCAGGUGAAGGAGGACAUGGCUACCUGAAGGACUGGCUGUGGUGGGGUGGACUGUUGACUAUGGGAGGAGGAGAAGCAGCAAACUUUGCAGCCUACAUGUUUGCUCCAGCCACCGUCGUCACCCCUCUCGGAGCCCUGAGCGUACUUUUCAGCGCCGUGUUGUCUUCUCACCUCUUCGGGGAAACAAUGAACCUGUUAGGGAAGCUCGGUUGCAUGCUAAGCCUUUUGGGAAGCACUAUAAUGGUCAUCCAUGCACCAGAAGAGGAAGCCGUGACGACUCUGAACGAGAUGACGGAUAAACUGCUGGACCCAGGUUUCCUUGUGUUUGCCAGCAUCCUUCUCAUAGCCUGUUUGGUUAUGGUCUUCUACUUUGCUCCUCGCAUUGGACAUACCAAUAUAUUAAUCUACAUAAGCAUCUGCUCGCUGCUCGGAGCCUUCACCGUGUCUUCAGUGAAAGGCCUGGGCAUCUUCCUCCGUACAGUCGUCAUCGAGCCCUCCGUCCUGCGUCAUCCUCUCACCUGGAUUCUCCUGCUGACUUUAGUGGCUUCCAUCAUCAUCCAGAUCAAUUACCUGAACAAAUCUCUGGACACCUUUAACACGCUGCUCGUCUACCCUAUCUACUACGUGUUCUUCACCACCGUAGUGCUCACCACCUCCAUCAUACUGUUCAAAGAGUGGGGCUCCAUGUCAGCCGUGGAUGUCGUGGGCACCAUAGGAGGCUUCCUGGUCAUCGUGUUUGGUGUGAGCAUGCUGCAUCUCUUCAAGGAUCUGCGCGUGACUUGUGAAGAGCUGAGGAGUAAUCUGUGUCAGCCUCAGGCCCUGGACAGUCCAGGGAAGAGGGAGGACAAGCACAUCCUCAUCGAGAAUGUGGAGACCCUGCCGCCGAUGAGAGAGGAGGGCCCCAGAGUCUUCAUCAUCAGCUGAGCAGUGAUGAGUUAGAUGAGUUAGGUGGGAGAGAAUUUAUCAUAUUCAUAUCACCAUUUUCAGCCCUGGCAUGGUUUGUGUAUUCUAGUUAAAUUUGUGCUAGGGCUAGGACGUAAUGUAGCUCGCAAAUGGUGGAAGACCAUUGUCGACCACUAUUCCUCUUUAGUAACUGCUUUAUCCUGGUCAGGGUCAUGAAGGAUCCAGAAUAUUUCCCUGGGAUACUGGACUUGAAGCAGGAAUACACCCUAGAUAGUACACAAGUCCAUUUCACAGACUCCUUCAUACCGAUGUCCAGUUUAGUUUAGCUAAUCCUCUUACCAACAUGGUAAUGGUUCAUACCAUUGAAUCAUCCAUCAUUUUUUGUAGGUGGGAAGAAACCAAAGAACCCGAAAGGAACUCAUAUUGGUUUCCUACCUAGCUUCCAGGUCUGAACAAUUCUUUUUACAACUUUUGGAGAGUUUGGAGGCUUGGGGACAGACUGCUGACAAAUAUCACCCCAUGUAACCAAACUACUCUUGAUCUCCAAGAUGGCCGCCUUUAUAAUAUUCAUAAAUAUAUAUAUAUAUUCAUUGCUGUAGAACAGACACACUGUGUCCUAAACCACGUCAUCUUGUCUUGGGUAAUUGUGUAACAACUGCAUCCAGUUUGAGGAUGAUAUUUACUGGGAAAGAUUUUAUUUCCAGUUUUGGGACGAACUCUAGACUCCUGGCUCCGUUACAAAGUUUGAAGCAAACAGUAAACUUUUUGGCUGAUUAUUGGUGAUAUGAACUGUAAAUUAGAUUUUUUUUUUUUCAAAACUAAACCUUUCUUACAUUUUGAUAAAAGUGUAGUAAUAUCAGAGGUGUGUCCUGUGAGAGGCGAUUUGUGAUGCAGCUCCUGCUGAGGAUCAGCCUUGAUGAAGCGGAACACAUUAUAUAUAUAUAUAUAUAUAUAUAUAUAUAUAUAUAUAUAUAUAUAUAUAUAUAUAUAUAUAUAUAUAUAUAUAAUUUCAUUUUGGAUGCAAUAUAUUUCAGGAUUUUUACGGUGCACUAAACAUCUUUUUAGAACUAUUAAGCAUCUUUUAAUAGUGUCGCAUUUAAGGUAUAUUUGUUCAUUUGAACAUAAUGCUGGUUUUUAUCGUCUUUUUCUCCUCGUGGAUUAAACGGUUCAGACGGAGGUUCAAAAAACUCUGUGCAAGGCCUCGGCAAAAGCGUUCGCUUUGGACAAUGUGUCCCAAAAGCACAUUUGUCAGUGCAAUUUGAUGCAAAUCUCAGCUGCUGCUCUGCUCUACACUUGCAUGUAAGGAAAUCAUUCCUGGAAGCAAAGUGCAAGUUUCAGGUCAAACGCAUUUCAGAAGGUAAUUUAAAACUAUUGCGAAUGAAGAGCGUAAACAUACUGUAUCAAAAGUUACUAUAUUCCUCUACUAGUAUUCCGGGUAUCUUUUCUUACAAACUGUUGUAUCGCCUUUUUGUGCAGGGUUUGAGCAGACGCAGUGCAGAAUGUGUCUGAUUAAAAAUAAAUAAAUGAAGUGAAAUAUCAGAAACUGUGAAAAUUAUGUAAAGUAGCCUAAGACAUGAUGCAUCAGCUGUUGAAUGUGGCUGAGGCUGAUGAAUGUCAAAGCACUCAUGCAAAUAUAUGUCUAUUAAACCAUAUGCAAACAAUGA